AUGUUCACCCCGUCAGAGAGACCUCCAUGCGAUGGCUUCCAGUGUAGCUCAGGCCAAUGCAUAGAUAACGAAUUGCGUUGCGAUUCAGUGGCUCACUGCUAUGACAAAACCGAUGAAAUGAAAUGCGAAUUUUGGUGUGACGGCUACUUUAGAGAUUGCCCCAUGGGCGAGGAUGAGGAGAACUGCAGCCAACCGCCCAAAGCAAACUGCGAUGCAGAGAGAGGACUGUUUCGCUGUGAAAACGGUCAGUGCAUCGACGCUCAGUACCGCUGCCUGAAAAGCGCCGACCGUCGGCUGAUGUGCGCAGAUGGCUCCAAUCUGCACCACUGUGCCAAUUGGACCUGUCAAGGUGCCGAGCAAAUCAAGUGCGCCGGAAGCUACUGUGUAGAGGAGGCGCUCCGCUGCAAUGAACGCCUCGAUUGUCCCGUUCUCAGCGAUUGGGCUGACGAGGCCUCCUGUCCUUUUAUCUGCUCAAAAACAAACCGUUGUCCCUGCGUCGACACGACCAUCAACUGCACUGACCAGGGCCUGACGGCCAUUCCCGAAGGCAUCGAAGACCAAAUACUGCGAAUGAUAUUGAAAGGCAACCGCAUUGGCCGUAAUCUAACCAUCGACAUGUUUGUUCGCCUCGACCGCAUGUACAUGAUUGAUCUGAGCAGCAAUGAGAUUGCCUACAUUCCCCCCAAACUGUUUCGAAAGCUGUGGAAACUUCGAAUUCUCACUUUUGAUGAGUUUCGCUUUUGCUGUCUGGUGCGCCAUGUGGACACCUGCUACCCGCCGCCUAAUGAGUUCUCCUCCUGUGAGGACCUCAUGUCCAAUAGCAUUCUGCGCAUUUGCAUUUGGGUGCUGGGCCUGGUGUCGAUGGUGGGCAACACCUUUGUCAUUAGCUGGCGACUAAAGUACCAGACGGUCAAUCGUGUCCACUCAUUUCUCAUCAUUAACCUCGCCCUGGGGGACUCUUUCAUGGGCGUCUACCUCCUCAUUAUUGCCUUCGUCGACUCGUACUACCGUGGCAUCUACUUCAUCGUGGAUGCCGACUGGCGGCAGUCUUCGCUGUGCCACUUUGCCGGCUUCCUCUCCACGUUGUCCAGCGAGUUUUCCGUCUUUGCCCUGCUGGUGAUCACCAUCGACCGCCUCAUCACCAUCACCUUUCCCUUUCGCAUCUACAAGAUGCGCAUGAAGGACGCACAGCUGAUCAUCGCCAUUCUCUGGCUGGUGGCCAUCGUCCUCAGCGGCCUCCCACUCGUUCGCUACCUGCCCUUUGACAACUUCUACGGCCGCUCCGGUGUCUGUCUGGCGCUGCACAUCACCAACGAGCGGCCCAGCGGCUGGGAGUACUCAGUGUUCAUCUUCCUCGUCCUGAACCUGCUCUCCUUUGCGCUCAUCUGCGGCUCCUACCUGUGGAUGUUCAUCGCGGCGCGAAACACGCAGAUUGCCGCACGCUCAGCAGAGAACCACCUGCAGAACCGCAUGGCCCGGCGGAUGGCCUUCAUCGUGCUCACUGACUUCUGGUGUUGGGCGCCCAUCAUCCUCCUGGGCAUUGUCUCCCUCUUCGGAGUGCCCAUUCCUCCCGGCGUCUUUGCCUGGAUUGCCGUCUUUGUGCUGCCGCUCAACUCGGCGCUCAACCCGGUCGUCUACACCAUGUCCGGCGUGACUAUGGUCGCGCGGAAAGCGAACAGUGUUGUUGGUGGUGGCGGGGGAGGAGGAGGAGGCGGUGGCACUGGCGGUGCCAGUCCUCAGUCGCACAUUAGAAUGAGCAUCAGAGGACAGAACGGCCAUGGAUCGUUCAAGACGAGCAAAACGAGCUACCUGUAA